UGUAUUGACCUCUCUCUCUCUCUCUCUGUUCAUAUGUGGGGGUCUCAUAAAACCGCUUUAACUGAGAACAGCAUAUCAUGCCACAUCACUNCCCCCCCCCCCUCUAUUUUCUGCGAUCAUCGAUUUACUGUACAAGCAGAGGCGCAACAAAUCGACCAGGAACUGUUUACCGAGUACGGAUUCUCUGUUGAUCAACUCAUGGAAUUGGCCGGACUCAGUUGUGCCAUGGCUACAGCUUAUCCGCGUGAGAAAUUGUCCGUCGGGAACGGUUCAGUUCUGGUCUGCUGUGGUCCGGGUAAUAACGGUGGUGAUGGCCUAGUCUGUGCACGCCAUCUGAAGCUAUUCGGUUACAAUCCCACUGUCCUCUAUCCACGCACCCCGACAAAACCGCUGUAUAAAAGUUUGAUUCAACAAUGCAAGAAAAUGGAUAUUCCCAUACUUUCGAAUCCGCUACCUGAGGUCUCGGAAAUCGAUAAUCGAUACGAUUUGGUUGUGGACGCACUGUUUGGUUUCGGAUUCAAGCCUCCCGUGAAUGAGGAAUUCAAGCCGUUGCUCGAUCGUAUGUGCCAAACCACGCGACCGGUUAUCUCCAUCGACGUGCCUUCUGGUGAGUUGGGGAAUAGGAAAAAGUUACACGAAAAAGGGAUGAACACUAUUCACCCUCAGAACUUUAUUCAACCGUAG